GAACGGAAGCUGCCAGUAGAAUGGCUGCACCUGUAUAGCUAGUGGUCCCUCAAGUCUAUGCUACGGCGACACAGAGUGGUUGGACCUCGAUUAUCUUUCUUCUUUCGGCAACAGCGGACAAAUCCUCAAUGGCAAUUUCUAACUCACAGUUCCACUGGCUUGAAGGAAUGAAUCGGCUCUUUUGAUUGCAUGACGUGCUUCGCAGGAAGAUCCCACGGAACGUGAAUGCUUCUUCUUAGCUUGCGGGAACGCUGCUGGAACUUGCGAAUUGGUUGCUUCGGUUGCGAAAAGCUGGCUGUCGCUCUACCAGGUACCAGGUACGAUAGCUAGGAAGCAAAAGACCACGCGAACAAAUUUCUUAGCCACCAGAGAAAUUGGAAUAGAAGGAAGUUUCUGCACCCAAUUGAUUCCUGUUGUACAAAGUGUUGGCUACCGUAACUUGAUGGGUUUCGGUUGCCGAUCAAAGAAACGACUUCCAUGUUGCUGCGAAGGGGAAGUCCUUGGCUGCACGUUUCACCGGAAUCGAGACUCCUGUAAUGCAAGUUAGACAAGGUGGGAUACUAGAUCGUUUAUAAGAAACUAGUAAACCAACUCAGUGUCACUGAAAGGGCAUUAAAUUUUCACCUCUUGACCAUACUUGGUUUGUGAGGCUUAUGAGAGCAUCAUACAUGUUCCAUGAGAAGCAGUUGGAUCCAGUGACGGAAGGGCACCAAAAUUCCAAGGUCCCAUAUUCGAGUACGGCUAAUACGUAGAAAGAAUAUAAUGCAAAGCCUGAUUGUACCGGUACAGCUGAGGCCCUCUUUGCGGUAUGGGGUGCUCCAAACCAGAAAGUGCUGGUUUGAGGUAAAAAUGUGAUGGCUUGGGAGUGGUUUGGGCCGGCUGUUCCAGAGCUGUUCCAGUGAGAUUUUCAGUCCCACUGCAGACUAACUAGCAAGGAUUCCAUUUAGUAGUGUGAAGGCAGAUGUUAAGUACUAGUAAUCAACCUUUUCUUGGAAAGGAGUACUACAACCCAGGCACUUAUGAUUUAAUGGCAGAUGAAUCAUUUGAGCUGGUGAACUUGCUGGGGGGGUUCGAGCUCGCUCUGCAUCUCUGCAUGCGCUGCUUCUGCUUGAUACGAUCCUUGCAACUUGCUCACACGAUCGACACUGGAAGAGCUCACACCAUUGCAUCAACACUCAUAAACUCUCUCCCCCCAUCUCGCGAAGCAACCGAUCACGUACAGUAAGCCAUAAAAAGAGCCAGCUGCUAUCCGCCACAAAACGGACACACCAAGAGAAACCAAAGCAACAAUGCCAACGCAAAGAAAAUCUGUCACCAGCCCAGAAAUGAACGAGCGCAUGAAGUCUUUGAUGCUACAACCAGCCAAUCGGUUGUGCGCAGAUUGUCCAUCUCCAAGACCGUUAUGGGCAUCGUUCCUCUACUCCCCCGUCGACAAGGAAGAGAGUGUGAUGGCCGUCUUUGUAUGCUCUCAAUGCGCCCAACAUCACCACUUCAAACUUGGAUCAAAAAGAUGCCUGAUCAAAUAUCUCAAGAUGGCACACGAGUGGAGUAUGAAGGACAUCGAGAUCCUAGAGUUCACGGGAAAUGACUUUGUGAACCGCAUUUAUGAACGGAAUCUAACAAAGCGAGACUUUGAGAAGAGCUACGUUGAUCCGGAUGAUGAAGCAGAAGAGAAGCGCCGUUCCAAGUUUAUCAAGCACAAGUACAAGCACCGCAAGUACACAGAUGAUAUGGAAUAUCACGAGAAGAUGCUACAAGUACUUGUGAAGAGGAGGUCUCUUAGGAAAAAAGACUCGUCAGCACAGGAAACAAAGAACCAAGCAGACGACUGGUUCAAAGCUGAUGACUCCAUCCAGUUGGAUGCGGAGCAAGAACGAAGAACUAGGUUUCUACUGCCUUCGCACUCGGAACGGGACAGUGCUGGCUAUACCGGUAGCACGCGUGCUACCUCCAAAGGAGCCCUUCACCACUCCUACACUGAAGGUGUUGGAGCUGGUCAGAGCUCAGCGUCUCCCACCAAGGAGUAUGAGAAGACUCUUCACCUAUCUGAUUCAACCUUCGUCGUUCUUCGUCAGCGUCCUCAGCAGGAAGAACGCAGCAGACCUCUGGGUAGACGGCAGACCAUGUCCAGAAGAAACUCCUUCAGGAACCUCAAUGCAAUCGCACUGAACGCGGCUGUGGCAAACAGCCGCAGCAACACUGAUGCCACAAAGAUGGAUGAUUCAACACAAUCAUCUACCGAAAGCGGAAGCCGCGCUCUUCAAAGGGCUCGUCGUCGUCUUUCCAACCGUAGCCUCAGUCUAACGCUGAAUGGUUCUGGUUCAUCUGUGAACCACAACCACCACAACUCUGGUGAAUCAUCUGUGACCUCCUCUUCGCAAGGUAGCUCCGUAGAUGAAUCGAGGCGCAUGCGCCGCCGGAUAUCUACCAGGAACCUCAUGUCUGUGGCAGAAUCGCCCGCCCCACAGAAGGUCGAGGCCAGAAGGCGAGGAUCCAUUUCCAGGCCACUCAAUUCCGAUACGCUAGAAGCGCCCGGCGUCGCCAAGAAGGCACCAAUGAUCCGCCGCGGUUCCAUCAGAACCAUCCGACCGCUGGAAGAACAGGAAUCUUGUGCCAGGGGCAGCUUCAAUCGGCUACAACCACAGGGGCCCAUGGCCAGGCGGCGAUCACUUUCAACUUCCAAUGUUAUUGAUAUGGCGCCAGCAUCGGUGGAGAAAGCUCCUUUACGGCGUCACAAUUCCUGCAGGAACUUGAACCUUCUGGCCGUGGAAGUGUCAUAUCAACCCAACCAAACCAGGACACCCAUGACCAGACGUCGCUCAAUGGCAGCUCUGAAUGCACCUUCUACCCUGUCCCCUCCAAAGCCAUUGCGAAGGCGCAAGUCCGCAGCUCUCAUUGCGGUAGGACUACCUGGAACGACAGAGACUACUUCGCCCGUUAACCCCACGUCGCGCCAAUCGCUCGCAGGAGCUGCCGUUGCCCUGAACAAUGUUGAAAGUAGCCCUGCUUGCACUUGGCCGAGCUCUGUCCAAUCGGAAAAAGUCCCCAAAAAGUCAAAGAGGUCGAAAGCCACGGGUGAACAAGCUAGCAGACGAGCAUCCGACACUAAGAAUUCUCGUAGGGAGACAAGUGUCAGCGGCGGCAGCACGGCAGCAAGUAGUGAGACCAGGAGAAAGUCCAAGCGCAAUUCCAAAUCUAGUGGCGACGGCAAGAAGAAAACGACGAAUCGGAUCCCCACAGCUGUUGAACUUGGCUAUGAAGAUCCUGAAGCUAUCGAGCAAAAGCUUCAAACACGAAAGGAAAAGAUCCGUGGAGUGCAGACUGGCACGACAAGCUUGAGAUCAUUGUUGUCAGACAGUAUCAAAGAAACGGCCAACCCGGAGCGAGGGAGUUUAAGCAGAACCUCUUCUAUCGGAAGUGCCAAGGCAGCGUAAAUAAUGCCAAGGAGAAAGAAUAGAUAAAUUGCAGCACAUCCUAUUGCUAGCUCUAGAAUACUUCGCCAACAAUGUGUUCCCCCUUCCCUGUUGCUGAACAUGUCUCCUGCGCUACAGUAUCAAGCCUUUUUCUCGUGGCUGUUUCCAUGAAUGUCAGGAGCACUCACUGGAGGAGCUCUUUGAACGAUGCCUGAACUCAUGGUACGGUAGCUCACUCAUGAUACAUUCGCCUUUCGUUUCGCUCGCACCUCGUGCCUUCUCGUGUUCAACCAGCAGUUCUCCUUUUCUGAGGCAGUUCAUACCUUGAGAGGCGUCACUUGUUGUUCAAACUGGAAA